UGCCCUCUAGGGGGCGAUCCCAGCGCGCUGCGUGCGCGCUUCCGCUUCCUGGGCGCGCAGCCGCGCUUCCGGCGGGUGACCCUGGCGAGUCCUUCUGUGCGGCGGCAGCGGAGCGAUGGGGCUGCGGGACCGCGUUGUGCACGCCGGGGAGCCCGAGGAGGAGGAGGAGGAGGAAGAGCUGGUGGACCCCUUAACCACGGUGCGGGAGCACUGCGAGCAGCUGGAGGAAUGCGUGAAGGCGCGGCAGCGGCUGGAGGAGUGCGACGCGCGCGUGUCCUCCCGGUCCCAGACAGAAGAGCAGUGCACGGAGGAGCUUUUUGACUUCCUGCACGCCAGGGACCACUGCGUUGCUCACACACUCUUCAAGAAGCUGAAGUGAAGGCGGGUGUGAUCGCCCACCAGCUCCCGCAGCCCGUGUCCGUGGUUCCUGGGCUCACCUACCGCUCCGUGCCCGUUCCUCGCCCAAGUAUAAAUGAAAUGGUCUCUUCGCAGUGACCGAGUGUCAGCGCGUUGCUGUGUCUGUGCUCAUGGAAGAUGCGCGUUCACGCAAAAAACAUGUUGUUGUUCUGUAAUUUUCCAUAUUAAACAUUUUAGAGUUAUCAUGAAAAUA